AUGGAGGGUGUUAACCAGCGCAGCAGGUCUGCUGCGGCAGAAGAUGAUGGGGUGGAUCAAAUCGGUUUUGAUUCGCCUCGUUCUGGCGUUGCGACUCCGCAGCCAGACCUUCAUGACAGACGGCUCCCUGGCAUCAUGAGCUACUUCAACCAGGUUCGUGCAAGCUCUUUUCAGAGACUGUUGUCUGGUUCCUUAAGAGCGAAUGAACAAGCCGCGGUUGUGCCGAAACACUCUGGGUCUGGGACCGAGGUCCACUCACAGGCGGUGCACCCGGCUGAGCUGCCACUCACCCCCGUUGAGCCGGACUCAGAUCCUGGUUCGUCAGAUGAAGGUCCUCCUCUCCUGGCCCAUGAGAUGAUGGGACCUGCCAACGAGACAUUGCCUCGGGACGCCGGUCAACUUCACCCGUAUCCGAGCCCUCCACUGUCCCGACCGCCUUCGCUGCGAAAUUCGUCUUCAGACUCUCGCGGCCAGCAGGUGAAGGGCAACACUCCUCCGGCCUCCCGACCAGUCAGCUUACGUCAUCUGAGUGUUUCCGACUUCACGAAAGGCAACCCGAGGAGAAUGUCUCUGUUGGCGCCUCUGACUACCACUCUUGAUGAAUCAAGCGUAUCUGCCAGUCACCUCUCAAACCCUGCCGGCCGCGCCUCUACUGUGCCAAGCUCCCCAAGGCGUGGACAGUCCAGCUGUGUCAAUUCUCCUGCUGGCGAGGGCGAUAUUUCAUACCAGUCAGCCUCUAUGAUACACCUCAAGAAGCUAACAGAUUUGUCGGUAAAAAAGAGCGGUGCAUCUACCCCGACUCGGGCGCUUUCGAAAUCUCACCCCGAGGGACAGGACGAGGCGAAGCAAGGAAACGGCGACAGGAUUGACCGGACGGCGACGCACACCCCGACCCCACCCGGAGCCCGAGCGCCGGCCGCAAAGGGAAAGCUCACCAUCAAGAUUUCGGAAGCCAGGGGCCUAAGGAGAUGUCGUGACCCCUACGUGGUUGUAGUGUUCCAACGGAGCGAGCUCAUUUCUGCCGGGCCUCGUGUUGAGGAGGAUGAGGACGACGACGCCGCCCCUACCGUCGCUACGGGUGGUAUUCCGAUUCAGCGCCAAGGGAGCGAUUCCGGCAGGCCAAUGGCUAUUCCAAUGCGGAGCCGGCAGAGCAGCAACACCAGCGUCACCGAGUUCAACACAUUCCGGAACCGCAACUCUAGCUCACGCCGAUCAUUUACUAAUCCAAAGUGGGACGCUGAAGCCCUCUUCGAUGUUGUUGAUUCGGACAUGCUCGUGGAUAUCUCUGUUUACGGUCGCGGUCAGUCUGGAGAGGAGUUUCUCGGCCAUGUCGAUUUUCAAGCCAAGCCUUCAGAGAGAGAGGGGCCUAUCCGAGGCUGGUUCCCCCUAAAGGGACAUGCCGAUACCAUGGCUGAGAACGCACCUACGGGCGAAAUUUAUGUCGAGGCAUUCUAUCAACGUGCCGAGCAGAAGCAUUUUGGUCCUGACGACUUCCAAAUUCUGCGACUCAUUGGAAAAGGCACGUUUGGCCAGGUGUACCAGGUGCGGAAGAAGGACACCGGGCGCAUCUACGCCAUGAAAGUGCUGUCAAAGAAAGUCAUUGUGCAGAAGAAAGAGGUGGCGCACACUGUUGGCGAGCGCAACAUUCUGGUCCGCACGGCCAUGGCAGAUUCCCCCUUUAUUGUCGGUCUCAAGUUCUCUUUCCAGACACUCUCGGACCUUUACCUGGUGACCGACUACAUGUCGGGCGGAGAACUGUUUUGGCACCUGCAAAAGGAUGGCAAGUUCGAGGAGAAGCGUGCGAAGUUCUAUAUCGCUGAGCUCAUCCUUGCCAUUCAACAUCUGCACGAGAACGACAUUGUCUAUCGCGACCUGAAGCCCGAGAAUAUCCUGCUGGACGCGAACGGACACAUCGCGCUGUGUGAUUUUGGAUUAUCCAAGGCGAAUCUGACCAAAAACGAUACCACCAACACAUUCUGUGGCACGACUGAAUACUUGGCACCUGAGGUGCUCCUGGACGAGAGUGGUUAUACCAAGAUGGUUGACUUCUGGUCCUUGGGUGUUCUGGUCUUUGAGAUGUGUUGUGGCUGGAGCCCCUUCUACGCCGAGGAUACACAGCAGAUGUACAAGAAUAUCGCUUUCGGGAAGGUUAGGUUUCCUCGGGACACAUUGUCCUUGGAAGGGAGGAACUUUGUGAAAGGGUUGCUUAACAGGAAUCCAAAGCAUCGCCUUGGUGCCACGGACGAUGCGGAGGAGCUCAAGCGGCACGCCUUCUUUGCGGACAUUGACUGGGAUGCGCUUUCGAAGAAACUGAUCACACCACCCUUCAAGCCGCAAUUGAAGAACGAUACAGAUGUCUCCUACUUUGAUCCCGAAUUCACCAACGCGCUCAACACCAAUGGGUCGCUAAACGAGCGUGCAGCAGCGCUGGCUAAGGGCUAUGCGACAUCCACGCCGCUCUCGCCUUCAGUGCAGGCCAACUUUCAGGGCUUCACCUUUGUCGAUGAGAGCGCUCUCGAGGACCACAUGAAGGACCGCUACGGCAAGUACGAGGACGAAGAAAUGGAUGACGUCGAUCGCAAGAAGGACGAUGACUGGGAUGACCUCACCGAUCCGGACUCUCGGAGCGCCAAUCGGAUGAGUGGCAUUGUCAAGGGGGGCGGCAACGAUGAACAAAUGUUCGGCGCCUCUAAUUUUGACAUGUAA